AUGAGCUCUUCGCCCACGGACAUUGAGGGGAGUUCACCGGAAAGCAGUCCAGUGACCGCCGCUGAUAACACUGGCAUCGCCUGUACUCCUGAUGCCGCCCCAGCCGAUGAUGAGCCUGGAGAGGAGGUCGCCCGCCCCGUCACGGCAUCGGCUCCGGCAUCUCGCACGGCGGAGGGCCGGAGUGGACCUCGUUCGAGGAACGGUUGCUGGACCUGUCGCACCAAGAAGGUGAAAUGCGACGAACAGAGACCACAUUGCCAUCGCUGCACCCGUCUGCGGCUCCUCUGCGAUUAUGCACCCCGCAUCAAGCUUACCAAACGUGGCAAGACACGUAAGGAUCAGCUCGUCUCUUCCGUCUCGUCGGCUGCAUCUAGGGAAGUUGGAUCGCCCGGUUUGCCGAGCUGGACGCAUGCUGUCGCUCAUUUGGAACAGAGCAAGGCGCUAUCGCUGUUCAAUCCGUCGGCUCCGGUUACGAGUGCCUGCGCGUUGGAAUUGUCGUCGGCUGACCAUGAAGCCAUUCGCUACUUUCGCACCAGCUUUGCCAAGCUGAACCACACCAAGAACCCGGACUUUUCGUUGUACUCCAUUAUGUUCGACAUUGCGCAGACGGAUCCCAUGGUCAUGCACGUGGUGCUCGCGCUUGGCGGCCGGGAGCUUGAGUUCCGUCGCAACAAGGACGCCGAGGAGGCGAGGGGACCAAGGACGCCGCUUCAACAUUAUUCCUCGGCUUUGAGAAUGAUGGCCGAUACCAUUGGCGGUGAAGGGAACGAUCAACUCGAUCUCGAUUCGAUCUGCACCGCGUUGUAUCUCAUGUUGCUGUAUGAGCAGAAGUACGGGGACGGUAAAUGCCAGGGUCUUUCCAACCAUCUCACCGGUGCAAGUUUGAUACUGCAACAUCGCUUUAAAGAUCUGCUUCUCCAACUACCGGCGCCCUCCCCGGAGAACAACAGGAAAAGUUUAGCCCUAACAAGGCGGGGCCAAGAUGAAAACGGUUCACGGCUAUCGCUUUACUCGGCACGCAUGCUUGUUUGGAUCGCCCUGCACGAUGCCGCUGCCGCAUCCUAUGGACUAGGCGGCCAGUUGAACAGCGCACUACACAAGAUCAUGAGCGCGCUGGACGCCAGCAACGGCAUCACAAGAGCAGGUAUACCGAAUAGUCCUUUCCAGCCACUCGACAGCUUUGAAAGGUUACACCGCUUCUCGAACCCGCUGUACCGGAGCAUGUGGGCGGACGCGUAUCCUCAAGCCGAGCUCCUGGACGACGUAGAGAACCGGAACGUGUACGCCUUUCUCGGUGCCUGCAGUCAACUGCGUUUCAUGAUAGCUCAGCUCGCCAACCUCUCCCACGAAGACGACGCCUCACAGCAGCAACGGGUCAUGGCGGUGGACAUGACCAUUCAGCAAGUCGGUUGGAAGUUUACAGAGUUGCUCGAGGUUGCAGCCGAGCUCUCAAUCAGCACGGACAACUCACAUCGUCUUGUUGCCAACAUCCGCGGAAUCGUCCCACACUACCACGCCGUCGUCCUGGAGUUCCUUCGGCUGACGCGUUUCAACGACACCCCGAUGUUGUCCAACCGCCAGCGCAACGCCCUACGCGAAAUCAUGAAUCUGGCUUUCCAGGCCUUCAAACACGAGGGCGACGAGUCCAUGACGCGCAUCGCAUGGCCGCUUUUCAUGGUCGCUCUCGAGACGGACGACCUGCUUCAUCGCGAGUGGGUGCUCAGCCGGUUCCAGGGCAUGAGCCGUUUUGGAAAGAAUCUCGACCGCGCGCACGUCUUCUUGAAGGAGAUUAUUGAGAUGCAGAAUAGGUUAGGUAGGCGAGUCGACGUGCGUGAGCGGUUCCAGUCCGGCGAGGUGGGGUUGUUUGUUAUCUGA